AUGCCUCGUGCUAUGUCGUUUUACUCUGAAUUCUUCUUCACCCCUCUGACAGAAGAUGUGGAGCAACUCCUCGCUCGUUUCCAGCACACUGACUCGGUCAGAUAUGAGCACUUUUCAGCUAUCUGGAGGGAGAUGAGCUUCUCGGAUGUGUUUCUGGGUUUAACCCGUGAAGGUGAGGGGAAACGAUUCUGCAGGAUGGUACUGGCAACAGCAAUGAAGUACUUCCUGCCUCCGUACAGCUACCAGAUUCGAGUUGGAGGCUUGUAUCUGCUGUUUGCUUUCUACCACACACAGCCAGCAGCCCCACCUGUGCAGAUCAGACUCGCUCUAAAGGACUGGGCUCCAGUUCAGAAGUUCCUGAAAGACUCUGUGGAUUCUGGCCAUCUUGAUGUUGUUUACAUAUAUCAAACACUUGUUGAAGCUAAAGCCUUCCACUACUCUGCCAUGCCACAUUUCCUCACCUUCCAAAAGCAGAGGAAACCAAAGAAUGAGCAAGUGUGUUCAGAGUUUCUCGGAAGGACCAUGGCCAUUCAUGAUCUCCUGUCUGCUGAGAUUGUGGAAGAGGUGGCAAACAUCCAGAACCAGUAUGAAAAGCUGAAGGGGGCAACAGCGGAGGUCAGCAGCCAGGCCACCAUGACACAUCGAGAUUUGGAUGCACAACUGAAAGACUACAUGUCAGAGUUCCUCAUGUGGCAGGAGAAGACUUUCUCCAAGGUUGGCAAAAAGAACUCUGAAGAUGAUGAAGACGAGGAGGAAGAAAGUAGCAAGAGCAGGGCCACGCUCCUGUCCUCCAUCAAGAAAAAGAGCUUCUCUAAAGUCCAGCAGGUGCCAAAAUCAAGGAGACACCGACAGGUGGAGAAGGUGGACUCUUCAGGCUCAGGAGCCGAGAUCACCCAAGAGACAGUGCCCCGCAAGAAGAAGCCUCCAUCUCUGCGGGCUCGGACCUGGAAGAGUCUUGGGAUGACAGAAGAUAACAACCCAGUCCAGGCGUGGCUCCUGAGUGCCCCUGACCAAAAGGAGAGGGUGCCUUUGAAAAAAGCCAGUCACCAACCACCGUGCCCAUCAUGA